AUGCAAGAGUUAGGAAUCAAGAAAGAUUGGAUUAAAGUUGGUCUUUUAGACUUCCAACUCAAACAGCAUUACGAAUUCAACACCGCCAUCAUAAAUCAAGCAGGAGGAGGAAAACUUAUUCCUUAUCCUUAUGGCGGAAUGUUCCUUCGCCUUCACAGAUCUGCCAAAAACUACAUAAGCGUUAUUAACAAUAGCGGAUUUCCUGUAUUUCAGAAAGUUAUGCUUAAAAUAGAUGAUAUUCAUUCGAUUUUCUGGUGGUUUGAUGGCAAUAUUGGCGUUUUACACUAUGACUCAACUGUCUCUGUAGUUUCCACAUUCGGCCAAGUUAUCAGACGUUACGAGCCUCCAGAGCAUCUCACGAUUUGCUGUGCAAAAGAAUUCAAUUUCGGUAUUGCCUUUGUAAAUGAAAAGAAAAACAUCUACGUAUUCAAUUCCGAAAAUGACAACUUCUAUCCUUACGGCAACUUAUCACAAAAUUCUUUUCCAACUUUAAUUGAUUAUUCAGCCAAACCUGAUAAAGGCAUUAUCGUCACUGAAAGCAACGAAGUUUUCGCUUUCAAUGCCACUGAUGUUACGAGAAUUUGGACAGCUCCUACAGCUCCUUCUCAAAUUAAACUCCAUUACAGCGGAAAAGCCGUGGCAUGCAUCAACGAUACAGGAUUAUACAUUGUACAAACAGCAGUUGCAGGAACAGUUACACUUCCGGCUGCAGGAAUCGUUGAUUUCGCUUGGAUUGAUGAGAAUACAGUUAUUUUGGCCACACAAACACAAACUGUCGCUCUCCAGCUAGGAUUUAAUUCUCCAAUACCAAUACCUGUUUCAAAUGUUCAAUUGCUCGCUGACGAUGAAGAUGGAGUUCGAAUUUACGGAUCUGACGUUUAUACAUUAACUCCUAUACCGAAAUCCGUACAGCAAUUAUUACUACCUACAAAUGCACAUCGCGUUAGUCUCCUAAUCCAAGCCUAUCAAAGCUAUCUUGACAAUGAUAUCACAUGUUACGCAAUUCUCGAAGAAAACAACCAAAUCCUUCAGCAAACAGUCGAAAAAAUUAUCGCCGCCGCUCCUUACAUCAUGAAUGCUGAUGCUGUCGAACGAUUAUUAACUGCAGCUGCAUUUGCCAAGUACCAGAUCCAUAAUUUCAAUCACGAAGAAUUCGCGAAUACAAUUAAAGUCGUAAGGAUGCUUUUCUCAUUACGUAGACCUCAAGAAGCCAACGAAAUCGACAGAACAGGUUAUUCUUUCUUAACUACAGGAACGAUGUACGAACUUGCCAACAAAGAUUCCUUCGUCUCAUACUGCGCAAAUCUUAGAUUAUUUGACUUGGCAGAGGCGAUGGCGAAAAUUGUUGGCAAAUCUGAUACUUCUGAUAUCGCUAUGGCCUGGGCUAUGUUCGUUUUGGCUAAAGAUCCUUACAGAGUCGACUUUGUACUACAGAGAAUUGAGCCAUAUAAAAAUAUCGAUUAUCAAAGAUUAUCUCUCUUCGCAAGAGAGGUUGGCUCUGAUCCUCAAUCGAUUUGCAGCAUCAUUAGGCGUAUUAGAGACCCAGUUAUUCGUAUCAGAUCCCUUCAGAACCCUGCAUAUGAAAAUCAACUUGUUCCAUCCCUCAACGAGCUCAAAGAUGGCGAUGCAUUCAUCAGGUAUUUCUUCAGAGUUAGAUUUACGUCGGUUACAGACAAGACAAAAUUCAAUUUCUUAAAUUCAUCUCAAAUGGUUUUAGACCAAGUCGUAGCUUUUCAGCGUUUUAUCAAUACGUCAUUACUUGAGAAUUGCGCUCUCUCGUCAAAUAGACUCGCCGAACUUACGAUGAUUCAUACAACCCCUCCAGAUUUGUUUGGAAGGACUCCUACCCAGUUAGAAGUAUGUAUGAAGUACUUCCCGAAGGAAAAGCACUCUCCGUUUGGCGAUGCAAUUCGAAACCAGAUCGCGGUAGACGAAAUGCUCGUUGGCCUUCCAUCAGGACCGGCCGAUAUCAACGGAACAGGACCGGCUCCAAGCCCUAGACAGAUCAUGGAACGCGCGUUGGUAACCGAAAACGAGAAAUUGUUUAAUAAAGUGACCAAACAAUAUCAACUUGACGAUAAAUUCAUUAAUUUCACCAAGUUGAAGACAUACAUCAAAUACGAGGCAUUACGUGGUAAAAUAGACGGAUUUGUUCAAUCUGUUUCCACUAAAAUGCCACUUGGAAUCAUGGCAGAUCUGUUAUUUGAAGCAAAUCUUGAAAAACAGGGGGCAGCACUUGUUGAAAGGAUUCCGAACAAAGAAGAAAAACUCCAGAAAUUAAUGGACAGAAAGUUGUAUGCAAGGGCUGCUGAUGUCGCCAAUAAGAUGGGAAACACGGCUCUCGCUGAAGACCUUCAGAAGAAGGCAAAAGAAAAUCAGAAAUAA